AUGUGUCUGGCGUUAACGAGCCAUAUCAAGAAACGUAUUACGGCAAGCGACUGCAGUUGCCACGAUCUCUUUGGAAAUAACGGUUUCGUUCCGUUUUGCGAAAAGGCGAGCAUGGGGCAUAAAAUUGGAUUUCCUAUUCGUUUAAAUGGAGCAGCCAAGACACUAAACUCGGAUGCCUUCAAAACCCAGCAAGCCAUGAUGACAGCUACAGGAGCGUGGCCCGAUCAUAGCAGCAUAACUUACAACAUAAAAGCUUUAUUCUUCCACGCAUUCACGAUCGGUUUGUUUGUCACAAUGUCCAUGCAAGUAAUUUUUAACUUGAACGAUUUUACUAACCUCUCAGAAAUUCUUUAUAUCAUGGUAACCGUAACAGGAUACGUGGUUAAGCAAUGUGCGCUUACUUAUAAAAGAAACGUGUUUGUAAAUUUAAUCCAAUUUCUCAAAGAUCCCUUGUUUCUCUCUUAUCCGGAUGAACUAGAUCACUAUAUGUUCGAGACAGUGAAGAAAUCAACACUAAUCGCAAACGUGUAUCGGUUUUCCAUUGCUUUUUGCAUUGUGCUAUUUACGGUCUAUCCGAUACUUGAAAACAAACCUCUACCCUUUCCAUUCCCCUAUGACUUGGGAAACUAUAGGUACUUCAUGUACGCUUUUCAAAUAAUAAGCGUUGGAGUCUGCGCGUGGAAUAAUUGCACCAUUGACACACUAACAACAAGUUUAAUGGGUAUUGCCGCUGCUCAACUCGAUAUUUUAUACGAAAAGCUUAUUGUAAUUCGCAAAGAAUCACAAGAAAAUGAUGACGUACCGUAUUGUGAAAAAAGUGAAGAAGAUAUACUGCUUAAGUUACGCCAAUGUGUUGAACAUCAUAAUGCAAUAAUACAGUUAGUGAACAUUCAAUAA